AUGAACACUGCUGGAGGCGCGAAAGAAUAUAUAGACCAGAAAGCUGUUGAAGAUCCUGCAAGAUAUGGAGAGCUUGCUGACCUCUACGACAAGCGCUUGUGGCACCAGCUCACGCAGUGUGUUGUUGCGCUCGUUGAGCACUGGCAGGAAACCGGCGUUCAGAGUGAAGAGGCGCUGGCAUUUUACUAUCGCUUUCUACGAGAUUUUGAAACUAGAUUAAAUCCUCUUUCGCUCACUCAAGUUGUUAUAGGACUUUCUCGUUUGGUGCACCGGCAGAAUGCGCGGAACGCUGCUGCGUUUCUGCGCGAGUGUCUUGGCGAGAAGGCUCCCGUGGAACACAGCGUUGCAGCGCGCACGCUCUAUCUUUCCGAGCUGAUCCGUCUGCUACUCCGAACUGGCGACGAUUCGGCGGUAGAUGAGGCGAAGCGGUUGCUGGCGGAGGCUUCUAGUCUAGUUGCUGCGACAACGGGGACGCUGGAUCCUGCGGUGAGUUCCGCUUACUACCGCGCAGCCAGUGACUAUUACAAGGCGAUCGGCUCGGCUGGCGAGUUUUACCAUCACGCGCUGGCUUUCCUAUCGUGCACACCGAUUGAGGUUCUCUCCGAGGCAGAACGCGUGGAAUGGGCUCUGGAUAUCGGGAUGGCAGCCCUGUUGGGCAAGGACAUCUACAACCUCGGCGAGGUGCUGCAAUGCGACGUCGUACGCGCUCUCGCUGAGCAAGACGAGAGGAAGUGGUUUCACCGACUUUUGCAGGCAGUUGAAAUUGGCGAUAUUGACGAGUUUGAGCGUAUAAUGGAGCGCGAGGUUACGGAGCCCCGACUGCAGGAGCUCUUACGUACCAACCGAGCAACCCUAUCCCAGAAGAUUCGUUUACUGUGCUUUACGCGUAUGGCGUCGUUCGAUGCGGUCUACGCGGGAAAGAUACCUUUCUCUGCUGCAGCGAAAGAAUGUCGCGUAACGCUUGACGAGGUGGAGCAUAUGGUGAUGAAAGCAUUUUCCGAAUGCCUGGUGCAGGGUUCCAUCGAUCAAGUCGAUGGGACGAUAACAGUUUCACGUGUACGGCCACGCGUGCUCAAUCGCCAAGAUGUUUCCAAAAUGAUUGAGUACUUGAAAGCCUGGGAAAUGCGUACGGACGAGAUGUUGCAGUCGUUGCAGACUGAAGCACAGGAGCUCAUUACACCGAGCUGA